AUGUUGCGAGAACGCCAUCGGCGCGGCACAUUGGCGUUUGUGCUUUAUGCGAGCACGAGUCUGUUGGAUGCCAUCCUCUUGACUGCCAACAAGACAUUGAAGGAGAUAGCUGGUGACAACGAUUUCAGUCAAUACGUUCCAUCUGUGUUGGGCAUCAUAUCCUCUGCUGUGUCCGCAAUUGAGGGCCUUGGCCCGGCAGCGAAUCCGGUGGGCACCUUCAUGAAAGACAUGGCUGCAAUUGCAAGCAGCAGGAGAAUAGUUCGGUCGGCAAUCGAUGCUUUUCUGAGUAGGGUGAGAGCUUCUUCGAAGAGAAGCGCCGUCGUUGUGGAUGAGGCCAACCUGGGUCUGCCCGGGCUGACAAACGGACAGGAUGGAGGAGAGAGGGGCGAAGCCAAGUCUGCCUUGGCAGCCAUCACAGCUUGGACAAAACAAGGCAAGCUGACAAGCGUAGUGCUUAUUUCAUCAGAAUUUGCUUACCCUUUCCGCCUGCAGGCAACAGGAUUAGACCUCAGGGACAUUGGGAGGGUGAUUGUGAUUGGCGAGGUGCCGAAGUAUGACAUGCUGAAGAUGCUGCAGGAAGAUUGGGGCAUGGACGCAGACUUGGCAAACAUAUUCUACAAGUAUUUUGGCGGUGACAUCUACACCACCAAGCAGGCUCUCGACAUGCUCAUGGACAAGAAAGAUAAGUUCAACCCAUUUGCAGUUGUGGAUUGCCCUGGCUUACCAUCCUGUGUAGAAGAUCCGGAGGCGAGGGCGCACCUCGAGAACAUGGCGAAACAAGGCUUUUCGCCCGUGCGAAAUGUCAAGACAGACAAGGGUGCGAGGAUGAUAGCGGAGGAGAAUGUCGGGGGUGUGAUUCAGGAGGGUGCCAUCACCUUCGGUUUGCCCGACAUCUUCACAAACACGUCCUGUGAGUGGGCAGUCAUUCCGUCUUCCUACCACAUGCGCCUCAAGAUUGCCGACAAGCUCAAGAACAUCUUUCCAUCAGGAGGGGUACAGGCGAGCCCCGACAGUGAUCAGGGUGGACUGAUGCCCUGCAGCAUCCUGGGCGUCCACCGCAUCGAAGGCUCGCACCUGGGCAGGGGCCUGUGGACGCAGCGGCGUCUGUGGACGGAUCAGUCUGCAAAUUGCACCACCAUGGGACGUCAGCACGGACUUCUGGAACUGCUUCCGAGGCCUGGGGGCCCAGGGGCUCGGAACUGGCUCCUGCGAUUUCUGGCUGCUCGGUUUGUCUUCUUGGCUUUCUCACUGUGCAGAGCACUCAAGACCUUCUUCACGAAGGAAGCGCACGAGGCAGCGGACCGCAUCCCACCGGCACGGCUCCGUCCGCGCCUGCGAACACUCCGGGAUUUGGUCUCCGAGCGCCACUUGGCGGUGGCCGUGCCAGUGGGAUGGUGCUUCCGGGAUCGGAAGGUUCGCGAGUGCGACAUGCUGGGCAAGGGUCUGAUGACAGCACUCGACUUGCAACGGCAGAAGUCCCUUGGGUGGGCACGUUUGGCGGUGGAGAUGUUGCGCGCAAUUUUCCAGCUCCCUGUCGACUACGCUCUUAACAGAAUUCGUGGGGGUGGAGCGGCGGCGAAGGAAGUGCUGGAUGUCGCAGUAUCACGUCAUCAAAUCAACGUCAACAACUUCAUCUCCCAGAGCAUAAGCCGUCGGAAGAUUCCGAGCAUCAUCAUCGAUGAUGCAAACCUUGCACUGCCUGGAAUUACGGGAGAAGAUGGAAGCGCUGCGGCUAAAUCAGCUCUACAAGCCAUCACAAAGUGGACAAAACAGACAGGCCAAGCAAGUGUGAUGAUGAUAUCUUCAGAGUUUGGCUAUCCGUUUCGUUUGCUAGCAAACGGCUUAGCCUUGAGCAUCAUUGGCAGGGUGAUUGUGAUUGGCGAGGUGCCGAAGUAUGACAUGCUGAAGAUGCUGCAGGAAGAUUGGGGCAUGGACGCAGACUUGGCAAACAUAUUCUACAAGUAUUUUGGCGGUGACAUCUACACCACCAAGCAGGCUCUCGACAUGCUCAUGGACAAGAAAGAUAAGUUCAAUCCAUUUGCAGUUGUGGAUUGCCCUGGCUUACCAUCCUGUGUAGAAGAUCCGGAGGCGAGGGCGCACCUCGAGAACAUGGCGAAACAAGGCUUUUCGCCCGUGCGAAAUGUCAAGACAGACAAGGGUGCGAGGAUGAUAGCGGAGGAGAAUGUCGGGGGUGUGAUUAAGGAGGGUGCCAUCACCUUCGGUUUGCCCGACAUCUUCACAAACACGUCCUGUGAGUGGGCAGUCAUUCCGUCUUCCUACCACAUGCGCCUCAAGAUUGCCGACAAGCUCAAGAACAUCUUUCCAUCAGGCACUGAUGCCACAGCACCUCGAGCUGUUUGGGUCCGUCAGCUCAGCAAGCCCCGCAAGGACUACAACUUUGAUGCAAGCGUUGCAUUCAUGUCCCUGUUCAAGGCAACAGGAUUAGACCUCAGGGACAUUGGGAGGGUGAUUGUGAUUGGCGAGGUGCCAAAAGUUGCCAUGCUGAAGAUGCUGCAAGAUGACUGGGGCAUGGAUGAAAACUUGGCAAACAUGUUCUACACGUAUUUUGGCGGUGACAUCUACACCACCAAGCAGGCUCUCGACAUGCUCAUGGACAAGAAAGAUGCCUUUGACCCUUUUGCAGCUGUGAGAUGCCCUGGCUUACCAUCCUGUGUAGAAGAUCCGGAGGCGAGGGCGCACCUCGAGAACAUGGCGAAACAAGGCUUUUCGCCCGUGCGAAAUGUCAAGACAGACAAGGGUGCGAGGAUGAUAGCGGAGGAGAAUGUCGGGGGCGUGAUUGAGAAGGGUGCCAUCACCUUCGGUUUGCCCGACAUCUUCACAAACACGUCCUGUGAGUGGGCAGUCAUUCCGUCUUCCUACCACAUGCGCCUCAAGAUUGCCGACAAGCUCAAGAACAUCUUUCCAUCAGGCACUGAUACCACAGCACCUCGAGCUGUUUGGGUCCGUCAGCUCAGCAAGCCCCGCAAGGACUACAACUUUGAUGCAAGCGUUGCAUUCAUGUCCCUGUUCAAGGCGGUGAGGAAGGCUUUGCUUCAAGAGCCGCCAUGUGCUAUCGAUAUGCCCCGUGUGAAUGCGCAGGGCCGGGCGGCGGCCCCUGCGAAUCUUGUAAGCGAAGAGUCCUGUGGCAUGCGAGCACUGGUAACUCCGCAGACCAUGUUUUUUGGCCAAGGAGGGGUACAGGCGAGCCCCGACAGUGAUCAGGGUGGACUGAUGCCCUGCAGCAUCCUGGGCGUCCACCGCAUCGAAGGCCAUCGCGAGGCACUGAAGCUCAACAGAAGCCUCACGACGAUCCAGAUUGGCUUGAACGACAUCGGUGACCCGGGCGCCGAGGCCCUCCGGAAGGUGGUUGCGGAGAAGAAAGCCCAAGGACUGGACCUGACCUGGAGAUCAACUUGA